GUCAAAUGUUAUAAGAGGAUACAAGAUACAUUUUGGUAUGGAGGUGCCGCCAGUAUGACCGCAUGUUUGGUGACCCAUCCAUUGGACUUGGCCAAGGUUCGUUUGCAAACCGCAUCCAAGCCCGGACAAUCGUUAGCAGGAAUGGUUUACCAGAUCAUUACCAAGGAAGGAUUUUUCAAGAUCUAUUCUGGGUUAACCGCAUCAUUAUUAAGACAAGCAACUUACUCGACCGCUAGAUUUGGGAUUUAUGAAUUUUUGAAAGAAAGUUUUCAAGAAGCUUACCAAACCACCCCGACCACAUCAGCAUUAUUACCAAUGUCCAUGUUGGCGGGUGCUUUGGGAGGAUUAGUUGGGAAUCCUUCCGAUGUAGUUAAUAUUAGAAUGCAAAAUGAUUCUACUUUACCAAUUGAACAAAGAAGAAAUUACAGAAAUGCCUUUGAUGGGAUUUAUCGUAUUGUUAAAGAAGAACAGGUUUCUUCACUAUUUAGAGGUUUAACUCCAAAUUUAGUUCGUGGGGUUUUAAUGACUGCUUCUCAAGUGGUUACUUAUGAUAUUGCCAAGUCAUUAUUAGUUGAUACUUUAUCCUUAGAUCCAUCCAAAAAAUCAACCCAUUUUAGUGCUUCAUUAUUAGCCGGUUUAGUUGCAACUACAGUCUGUUCACCAGCAGAUGUAGUUAAAACUAGAAUUAUGAAUGCCAAAGGUACCAGUGGAGGAGCAGCUUCCAUCUUAACUAAUGCCAUCAAAAAUGAAGGAGUUGGUUUUAUGUUUAGAGGUUGGUUACCUUCUUUCAUUAGAUUAGGUCCUCAUACUAUUGUUACUUUCCUUGCAUUAGAACAAUUGAGAAAAUUUAGACUUGGUAUGCCGUCUGAAUAAUUCCAAUAUU